GUGGCACACAUAGAGCAGUAGGUCCGUGCGCGUUUCCAUAAUGUACUUCCGAACAUUUUUUUUUUUUAUAAAUAGCGCGAAAAAUAAAUUGCAACUUCGCGACAAAGGAUAACAAUUUCGUACUAUUCCCCAUGCGGUGUGCUAAUUUUAUGUAUCGACUUUGCGCAUCAUUUAUAUUUUUUUUUAUUAUUCCAAAUGGAAGGAUAAAAAGUUUCACCUUAAAAAGGAUCGCUCCACUUUGUAUGAAAACCCGCCAUUUGCAAGCACAUCCCAAGAGCAUGAAAUUUUUGCUAAACAACCUUUUGAGGAAAAUGCCGAAAAGUGUAGCCAAAGAAACGGUUAAGGCAAAAGAUGCAACUGAAAAUCUCCCCAGUUAUAUAAAAAAAAAAGAUGAAAAUUUUUUAAUAAAUCUGCGUGUUAAGCCUAAUGCUAAGAACACGUCUAUAUAUUUUAACUCGGAUAGAGAAGUGCUGAACAUUAAUAUACAAGAGCAGCCAAUAAAUAACCAGUCCAAUGUUGCCAUCAUAGGUUACUUCUCCGACAUCCUGGAUUUGAAAAAGAGAGACAUAUCCAUCGUUUCGGGGCUGAAAUCAAGGGACAAGGUUUUAAUGGUUUCGAAUAUCUCCCUGGAUGACUUAAAUAGCAAAAUUGCCGAAAAUGUUGAGUGACGUUCGAAGUCGUUUUUUUUGACAACUGUGGAUUAAAAUAUCCGCAAAAGUGACACAUGGCAGUUAGCUUAUGCUACUACUGUUUUGUUUUGUUUUGUUCUAUUUUUUUUUUUUUUUUGUGCCUUUAAAAAUUAACUCCUGUACUCACUUGCUUUUUUUGCGCAAACAGUUGGGCAUAUAUGCUCAAUCGCGUGCAACAAAUUUGUGACGCGCAGACGAACGGCAAACACAUCCCCACAUGUAGAAGCCAAAU